AUGUUUGUGGCCAGGUUUGUUACAAACAAGUUGCAGCCAUUGAGGAUAGACUCCCUGAUAGCUCUGAGAAUUGGUGAGGAUGAAAGAAUCAGGGUUUAUGCCAAAAAGUAUUAUGAGGGGUUUAACCGAAUACCAAGGUGCAACCAAGAGUUAGCGGUCGUAUCUUUUAAGAACUGCCUGAACGAUGACUACAUACUUCGAAAGUCACUGGCAAAGACUUUGUUGAAAAGUAUGGAGGAGCUCAUGGCCAGGAUUGAGAAAUAUGCGAGAGCCAAAGAAGACAUGCCAGGAAUGAAGGCGUCAAAGCAGGAGAAGAGAAACGGCUCGCCGAAGCGAGGCCGGGGUAAUACAAAUUUUAGUAAACAAGAAACAGGACUGAGGGCUGCACAGGCAAUGACCACCGUGUUCCGGAUCCCAGUUUAUAAAGUCUUGGAAAGGAUCAGGAACCAGCCGUAUUACAGAACGUCGGAGAGGAUCCCUAGAAUUUAUGUGGAGAAGUUUGGGGAAGCACUAUGCCUACCACAACGAAGAUGGACACCUGAUGUAGGGUUGUAG